AUGGCCAAAGACGAUACGCAGUAUUACUGCAUUGACGAAGCCCGUUGCAGGCUAUGUCAGUUUCAGCUCAGAGAUGGAGAAUCGGUGCUCGUAGUCCUAGGGGGUGGCCGUGCGUCCAAUUCAUUCCCCUUCCACCAAGGUGGUACAGUCGAAGAUCAAGAGACGGGAAUCGUGUUGCAUAUAUGUUGCCAAAGCGCCUGCAUCAGAAGAUAUCGUCAAAUGCACUGCUUUCACAACGGAUGCUAUUCUUUCAAGGUCUUACCCAUCUCCUCGACGUUCCUCACUGCUACCAAAUAUCAUUUCAGUCCUCCGAUUUCCUCCGAACGUCAAAGGCAACGCCGUAUUAGAUACGCACUUGCAAGGGGGCUGAAGUUCGGCUUGCUGCGCAAAAUUCCUUUGGAGCUCUGUGAGAUGAUUGCAGGAUAUCUUGUUCGGGAAUGCGCUAUCGUCACGUAUCAAGAACUUGCACGUGACGUUCACCCAUCCGACUUCACAAUCGAUCUUUCUCAAGAUGUCUACGCGACAUAUAAGAGUAUUGAGGGCAUUGUGUAUGUUCAAUCUCUGCACAACGCACCACAGCCCGAAGGGACGGCGAAGCAGAUCUUUGCGGCUCGACAUGACCGCGUCAUUCAAAAGAUCUACGUCGCGUAUGAUCAUCUUGGCAUCAGAAGCAUUCGCUUUGCUUUGCCUAGUCAUGAUUCCCUAGGUUCAUUUUGCGAUUCGUGCGGAAUGUGGUGGACGGAACUAGCUCGAAAUACAGGCAUUCUACGCGUCGUGGCAAGAUCUGAUGUGCGUACUCUUUUCCUCUAUGCUUGGCAUGGCACGGACCCUCUAUCUGCAAGGGACGAUGUAGUUCCCAGGCAGGGUUGGCCAACCCCAGGGCUGGAUUGCAGGCUGAUAGACCUUGACGCAUGCGACAUCGCCGAGGCGACACCUGACAGCCUGCGGAUGACGUCCUUCGAUUGUAACAAGCCGACAACAGAUGGCUACUCCGCCGCCAUCUGUGGUUUGCAUGUUGCAAAGUUAUAUGCGCACCACUCUGGUACAACGAGUACAGACUUCUACAGGGAUAUGGACGGCGUCUCUAGCUCUUUGCUGUGGAUGUACAUGCCAGUCGAUCAAGACGAGUACCUCAAGGAGAUUUGGGCUAUCAAAGCUUCCGGCUCCGGGUUCACUGCACUACUACUCCUCACUAGCCACGAACGAGCAGUUAUCUUCGGGAACUAUAUUCUACAUCCCAACGUUCGGCUUCAACUUCACCGCGUUUAUGUGACAAUGAACUGUCCGUCACAAAUAUACUUCAAUGACUGGGACCCGCUCUGCGAUAACAAAUGGAUCAAAUACUUGGGAGUGGAUGCCAGUGCCGCGAAGACAGAUAUGGCUUUAGUAGACGACCAGCAAUGUCAAACUCAAUAUCCCCCUUCGCUCACACCGUCGUCGCCACCGCCUUAUACACAGUAUAACGAACUAUGGUACUAUACUAACUGUCGAUUGGAGAACGUCACAGAAAUAACGUGCUGUAGCGACAAGGCCGCUCCUCACCGGCCUAUAAUUGGCAUGCUGUUGUGCUAUAGUAACGGUCAUCGUGCCUGUGUGGGGCAGUACCGCAUGGACUGGACACUUGACACCUUGACUGUGAACCCUUUAAGGCCAUUAAGCAUAGGCUUGGGCAAAACUAAGAGACGAUUCUCAUAUGUCGCAGAGGUGAAUUUGAAAGAGAUAGGUGAGCCUGGCCCGGGCUCAAUAUCUCGGAUGAACAUUCCCUGGCAUGGCAGACUUGAAUGGUGGUUUUCGCAACGCCAGUGUAAACUAUACUACUCUGACUAG